AAUAACUAUAUUUAUCUUUACGAUAUAGUUUAGUUUAAGCGCACAGACUAGUAUUGAUUACAUUGGGUCAGUCUUACUUGUAGACUUCAUGAGGCUUUAAGUUAUUUAAGGCCUGUACGACAUGCAAUCUUCUCACUCACAGCCUUUGUUGUGCCAACAGUGAAGCAUGAACUGAAAACUAGAGCCGUCCUGUGAGCCAAAGGUCACCAUGGAGACGGACGAAGCACCUGCGCAGCGUAAUGACGACAGGGCAGAGACCUGCACCGUGUCUGUUAAAGGCCUGACAGAGAACUGGCAGAAAUGGUCCAACGACCACUGCGAGUAUCAGAAACACAAUCCCUUCAGCAACGGCAAGGUGAUUCCCCCGCAGAUCCAGCGAGGACAGGAGGGCUACGGCAGGCCUUUAGAGGGCUCUAAAACAGAGCAGAGGGGGAAAGACGCCCACUCCCACAUCAGCAGAGAGGUCACUGAGCUCUGCCAGGUCAUUCAGGAGAUCGGAGAGAGCAGAGACGACGGCAGGCCGGCUGUGCGGUUCGGGACGCUGUUCGAGAGAUACGUCACCAUCUCUGAUAAACUGGUGGGAGUUCUUCUGCGGGCACGCAAGCAAGCGCUGGUGCACUUUGAAGGGGAGAUGCUGUGGCAGGGGAGAGAUGAUGAAGUUCUCAUCACCUUGUUACAGUGAUUUACAGAAGUGAUGGACACCACGUGCCUGCCUCAAAGUCAAUAUUACUGUCCAAAAUUGCACUAUAGGCAUCUGUUUUACUUGAACAGGGGUUAGUUUUUGGCCAAAGAAACUAUUACUAAUGAGAUUGUUGACUUGAGUGUAAUGAAUUUAAAUGUAGCAAACUGGUAUAUUAUGUUACCUUUUCAUGCUUUCAAAGUGGGAC